AUGGACGAGAACGGAGAUCAAUGUAUGCAAGAUCAAAGGUCGAUAUGGAGGGAUAAAAAAAGACAACAGAGAAAAUCACUCACUCCAGAACAAAGAGAUCGUCAAAAUGCAAAAAGGCGACUCAGCUAUGCAUGUGAAAACCAAUCAGAUGUUAUAGGUACUCCUGAAAGCCAACCUCAAACUCCAAGUUCGGAAGGGCCUGUGGUUGUUACCAAUACUCCCAACACUUUGGGAGUUAGAAGGGCUAUGGCAGACAUCACAAAUCGUGCCCAUAAUGUCACGACUGGAUAUGAAAGGCGUGAAAUGCAACCUAUUGAUGAACUUCGUUUACUCGAUACUCGGGCAAAUCUAGAAAAUCGGUUUUUUAGUGUCGGUGAAAGUAGCGCAACCACUGUGACCAUCCCAGACCCAACAUCAAACUCAAGCGGCAUGCCCAAUCGAUUCUUUUGUGUUGGCGAGAGCAGUACAACCAAUGCACGUAUACCAUACCCUACUUCAGAUGAUGGGGAAUUGCCGCGCUUUGUUGAGGCGAAAAAUGAAAUACGCAUGCCUGGCAUAUUAUUCAAUGUCGGUGAAAGUCGUGCAAUCGACACCAACAACAUAUCAAACCCCAUUUCUGAUGAUAUAAGGGUCUGGAAAGUAGGGAGAACUGGUUAUAGAAAUUGUGCAAGAAAUUACCAAGAGAGUCAAGGGGUUCCUAUAUUCAGUUUGCCACCCAUGAAAACAUGUCCGCAUUGCCAAGCACGACUUUUCCAUUGUGAAUCUCCUGAACUAUGUUGCUUAAGUGGGAAGGUCAACUUACCUGAUUUUCCAUUAUCCUCUGAUAUGCUUGAUUUAUAUUCUGAUCAAUGGGAAUAUGGGGCUCAUUUUAGGCAAAACAUCCGUAAGUACAACCACGUCUUUUCAUUCACUUCAAUGGGAGUUCAUUUAGAUGACGAACUAGCAAAUGCACGUCAAGGCGUUUACACAUUCCGUGCACAAGGUUCAAUUUACCAUCGUAUUGGAGGUUUCUUACCUUUGAACGAAGGAGAUCGUCCUCGAUUUCUUCAACUCUACAUUUAUGAUACUGAGCAUGAAAAUGAAAAUCGUGCAGCAGAGAAUUCAUCAUUACGCCUCGAUGUCAUCGACAGAAUCAAGAAUAUUUUGAAUGCUCACAAUCCUUUUGUCCACAAUCUCCGCCAUCUUACUCAGCGUAGUGACUUAAGUGAUUACAAAUUUGUCAUCAAAGAGCAACCUAUAAAUAAACAUCAAUACUCGAUGCCGACAGCUUCGCAAGUAGCAGCAGUUGUCGUUGGAGGUGAUGACAUUUCCAACUUGAAGGAUAGGGACAUCAUGGUAGAGUCAGUAACUGGGCAACUAAGUUAUAUCAAAGACACUGCUGGUUAUUAUGACCCACUGCAGUAUCCUCUACUGUUCCCUUAUGGUUCUUACGGCUGGGAUUUAAACAGUCGAAGUUCCACUGGUAAAAAGUUGACGUGCCGGGAAUUCUAUGCAUACAUGUUUCAGAUGCGGCAACAUCUUGAUUCUCUAAUCUUAAGAGGCGGUCGUCUACUGCAACAAUUUGUUGUCGAUAACUGUGUCAAAAUGCAAGCCAAUAAUUUGAGGUGGAUUGCACUCAACCAAGAUAAGAUACGUGCUGAUUUGUACAAGGGUUUAGAGGAUUCUUUACAUGAUGGAGAGCAUAACACAGAAAAUGUUGGACGACGGACCAUACUACCGUCUUCAUUCGUUGGAAGUCCAAGAGAUAUGCACCAGAGGUAUCAAGAUGCCAUGGCAUUGGUUCAUAAGUUCGGCAAGCCCGAUAUAUUUCUUACAAUGACAUGCAAUCCAUCUUGGCCAGAGAUACAAUCAGAAUUGUUGGCCGAACAAGUUCCAAACGAUCGUCCAGAUCUGCUGACACGGGUUUUUCAUGCUAAACUUGAAGAGUUGAAAAAGGAUGUUCUAGAAAGGGGCGUCCUCCGAACGGUUGUUGCUUAUGUAUAUGUGAUUGAAUUCCAAAAGAGGGGUCUUCCACAUGUUCAUAUGUUAUUAAUUCUUGAUCAAAAUGACAAGCUAACCACUCCGGAUGACUUUGAUAAGAUUGUGAGAGCAGUGAUUCCUGAUGAACAACAAGAACCAAAAUUGUAUAAGGCAGUUCUUAAACACAUGAUUCAUGGCCCAUGUGGUGUUCUCAACCACAAAUCCCCGUGUAUGAAACAAGGAAGUUGUAAGAAAGGAUUCCCUAAGGAAUUCUCCAAUGAUACAAAGCAAGGCAAUGACUCAUAUCCUCUUUACCGUCGUCCACAAGAUCGUCCAGCAGUACCGUUGCGUGAGAAUUCACGAGUUCGUGUAGAUAAUCGGUGGGUAGUCCCAUAUAAUCCAUUUUUGCUCUUAAAGUACGAUUGUCACAUCAAUAUUGAGAUAUGCAGCAGCAUCAAGUGUGUCAAAUAUCUGUAUAAGUACAUCCAUAAGGGUUCAGAUAGAGUUUCAAGGGAAGUUCAUAACGGAGAUGAGAUUGCACAAUAUGUCGAUGCACGGUGGAUUUGUACACCCGAAGCUAUGUGGAAACUUUACAAAUUCCCCAUGACUAGAAUCUGUCCUGCCGUAGAUCGUUUGCAGGUUCAUUUGCCAAACAUGCAUCAAGUGAGGUUCGAUGGGAACCAGCAAAUCUCAAGCGUGUUAGCGAACCCAAGAAACUCUAAGACGAUGCUCACUGAAUUUUUCAAGAUGAAUUCAGUCGAUCCAAAUGCAAGGAAAUAUCUUUAUCGAGAAUUUCCUGAGCAUUACAGAUGGUUAACGAGUUCACGUGAAUGGCAGAAGAGAAAAAGUACACAACGAGUUAUGGGUCGAUUGUAUGUAGCUUCACCAUUGGAAGGAGAACGAAUUUAUUUGAGAAUGUUACUCAAUCAUGUGAGGGAGCGUACAUCGUUCGAACAUUUAAGAAUGAUCAAUGGCGUCACACACCCUACAUCCAGGGCUGCAGCUGAAGCCCUCGGUCUAAUCGAAAAUGACGAAAGCAUUCGUCAAUGUCUUUUAGAAGCAUGUUCAGUACGAAUGCCAUCUGCAUUACGUCGGUUAUUUGCAACCAUAUUGGUAUACUGUCAACCAACUGGAUUACGAGCACUCUGGGAUGAGUUUUUCCCUUACAUGGUUGAGGAUUAUCCAGCCUCAAACACAACAAGUAAUUUUGUUUUCCUCACUAACAAACUUUUGCAAGACAUAGAUAGGUUAUUAAGACCACUUAGAAAAAGGAUUUCUGACUACACGGAGUUGCCAAGCUUACCUGAAUGUACUGAUGACAUUGACGAGUUUCCUUCUAUCAUGGAAGAGUACUUUUCUGUUCCGAUUCCAGAUGAGGAUUUGGCAUGCGUUGGCACUCUCAAUAGUGACCAACAAGUUGCAUACGACACAAUAAUGAAUGAUGUCAUUUCAAAGGCUGGUUGUUCUUUCUUCGUCGAUGGUCCUGGGGGAACCGGAAAAACAUUUUUAUACAGAGCCCUUCUUGCUACUGUAAAGAGUAGAGGCGAAAUAGCUAUCCCCACUGCAACAUCUGGAAUUGCAGCAACGUUGUUGCACCAGGGAAGAACAUCACAUUCGACUUUUCAGCUUCCACUUAAUCCAGACAGCUCAUCAACUUGCUCAUUUACCAAACGUUCUAAAACUGCAAUUCUCCUAAAAAAUUCUGCCAUUAUCGUAUGGGAUGAGGCCCCAAUGACACACAGAUAUCAAUUUGAAGCUGCUGAUCGAUCACUCAAGGAUUUAAUGGGGAAUGACUUGCCGUUUGGGGGGAAAAUUAUUGUGUUCGGUGGUGAUUUAAGACAGGUUUUACCGGUGGUUCGAAACGGAACUAGAGCUCAAAUGAUUGACGCAUCUUUUGUCAGGUCCUCUAUGUGGAGACACAUUCGUAUUUUGCGUUUGAGAGAAAAUAUGAGAUCAAUUGAUGAUAAAGGCUUUGCUAAUUUCUUACUCUCGGUUGGGAACGGUAAUGAACCUACUAUUUCAGAUCAGAUGAUAAGGUUACCAACUGCCAUGAUUAUACCAACAGUGGCAGAUAGUUCGAUCGAGGCUUUGAUCGACCAAAUCUUUCCAAGUUUAAGUGAGCACGUUGGUGAUGGAAAUUUUAUAGUUGAAAGGGCGAUCAUCACACCCCUGAACGAAGACGCUGAUAGAAUAAAUAAUAAGGUUGUCGAAAAGUUUCUCGGAGAAGGAAAAACGUAUUAUUCGUUUGAUUCUGUUCCUGAAGAUAGGAGAAAUUUGUACCAACAAGAGUUUUUGAAUUCGUUUUCUGCGUCGGGAUUGCCUCCCCAUGCUCUCACCCUGAAACCUGGGGUACCCUUAAUGCUUUUGAGAAAUAUUGAUCCUAAACAUGGUCUUUGCAAUGGAACACGGUUGCUUUGCCAUUCAUUAAAGGACAAUUUUAUUGAUGCUGAGAUAUUAACCGGACAUUCUAGGGGGAACAGAGUGAUGACAGAGUACCAUUAUCCAACUUUUGAGCAUUUAUAUCCUAGCGGGGUACAACGAUAUGAUGUACGAGCCCGACUGAUUCGCAAUUAUGAUAUUUUCAACUACAACCAUAAAGGAAAAACCAAGCAAACAUGGAAAAUGCUUUUUGUCGAUGUUGAGGGUGAGGGCAUACAGUGCAAUAUUUUCGGCCCCGCGAUUGAAAAGUUUGUAGGACGGUGUCAAGAGGGAUUCAUUUAUAUACUCCUUGCUGUACAAGUGAUAUUUGCUGAAGGGAAAAACAAAAUUGUCCCCAAUUGGAAACAGAUGAUCAUUAAAGAAGAAACAAAUGUGAUACGUGAAGAGGAGGAUGACAUUUCCAUACCUUCAUUCCACUAUAAUUUGGUUCAGUUGAACCGAUUAAGUUGUCACAUCGACUGUACCGAUAGAGUUUAUGAUGCAAUGGGAUUGGCCCUAUACGUUUCACCAGUUGAGAAUAUUGGUGUGGAUUCAGUCAAGCGAGACGUAGCAAUAAUGGAUACAACCUGGACUGUUAUUAAAUUAACACUUUGGAAUGAUUUUGUGCACGUUCUUGAUGAAAAUCUUAAUCAUGUUGACAUUUGUCCAAUCAUUGUAGCAUGUGGUCUGCAUGUCAAGAGCUUCUAUGGUACAUCAUCCAAAUUAAAUUAUAUAGUAAAUGCUGUCUUUGUUCAAUACUGUCGAGUUGCUGCAUAUGCAUGUCACGUUGAUAGUGUUGAUAACAUCAUAUAUGAGGCAUGCAAUCGUUGUCUAAAAAAGGUUGUCAUUUUUCAAGGACUACAAAAAUGUCAAUCCUGCAAUCUCACCAACACUGUAACUAUCCCAAGGUUGCUUCUUCGACUUACCAUAUUUGAUAAAAGUGGUAAUUUGAAAGUCACAAUAUUACACGAUCUUGCACAACACCUCUUAGGUUGUUUAGCUACUGAAAUAAAAUCAGUACUUCAACAGCCUAAUGGACGUAAUCGAGUGAUGGAAAAAGUAUUUGCGUGCUUCAGAAACAAAGCUUUUUCAUGGGUGCUACAUCCACCAAUUGAAGCUUUUAAUCCUGAACAUUCGUAUACGGUUGGAUAUGUGUUGCAUAUCGAUUGGGCGGAGGAGUGCAUGUGGUUAAACAAAUAUAUUGCGAGCAAAAAAAGAAAGUGA